GAGCGGUGGAGCGCGAGGGAGCAGCAGGCAGGCAGACUUUGCGUGCAUCAUCUCUGUGUGGGUGUGUGUGUGCGAGUGAGCAGUUGGCGAGGGAGGAGGGGUGUAUCCUAGCUGGGAGCUUUUCCCUCCUGUAGUAACCAGCCGCGCGCCGACUGCCAGCCAUUACUUCACUGCAGCAGGAGUCAUCAGCCCCUUCGCACUGAGGGAGGCAGACACACUAACCUGACUGUCCCCUCCUCUCUCUGCUCUCCCCUCUGCAUAUUCAGCAGAGCUGCCCUCCUCUCCUCCUCAUCACUGUGCCACUCCUGCGGCACUGCUCUUUGCUUGAAGGGGACGUCGGCCUGCUCCUCACCCACUGAUUCUGCAUGACUGUCACAAAGAUGUCAUGGCGUCCGACCUACCGAAGCUCCAAGUUUCGAAAUGUUUACGGCAAAGUAGCCAACCGGGAGCACUGCUUUGACGGCAUCCCCAUCACCAAGAACGUCCAUGACAACCACUUCUGUGCCGUCAACUCCAAGUUCCUGGGCGUCGUCACGGAAAGUGCCGGCGGCGGCUCUUUCAUUGUAAUUCCCCUGUCCCAGGCUGGCCGCCUGGACUCUCAUUACCCGAAGGUGUGCGGCCAUCAGGGCAACGUGCUGGAUAUCAAAUGGAAUCCCUUUUUUGAAAACAUCAUAGCUUCCUGCUCCGAGGACACCUCGGUUCGAGUAUGGGAGAUCCCAGAAGGCGGUCUGAGGCGCAACAUGACGGAGGCGGUCCUGGAGCUGUACGGCCACAGCAGACGAGUGGGUCUGGUCGAGUGGCAUCCAACCACCAGCGGCAUCCUCUUCAGUGCUGGCUAUGACUAUAAGAUCCUGAUUUGGAACUUGGAGACCGGGGAGCCGGUGAAAAUGAUCGACUGCCACACCGAUGUCAUCUUGAGCAUGUCCUUCAACACAGACGGCAGCCUGCUGGCCACCAGCUGCAAAGACAAGAAGCUGCGAGUCAUUGAGCCGCGCUCCGGGAGAGUCCUUCAGCAAGCCAGCUACAAGAACCACCGCGUAAACCGAGUGGUCUUCCUGGGGAACCUGAAGCGGCUGCUCACCACAGGGGUUUCUCGCUGGAACACCCGCCAGAUUGCUCUCUGGGAUCAGGAAGAUUUGUCCAUGCCUAUUGUGGAGGAAGACAUAGACGGCCUCUCAGGGAUGUUGUUUCCCUUCUACGAUGCUGACACACACAUGCUGUACCUGGCAGGCAAGGGUGACGGCAACAUUCGUUACUUUGAAAUCACCACAGAGAAGCCAUACAUGCAGUAUCUAAUGGAGUUCCGCUCCCCAGCUCCACAGAAAGGAUUAGGUGUGAUGCCAAAGCAUGGCUUGGAUGUGGCAGCCUGCGAGGUAUUCCGCUUCUACAAACUAGUCACCCUCAAGGGUCUGAUCGAACCCAUUUCCAUGAUUGUGCCAAGAAGAUCAGAUACAUACCAGGAAGACAUCUACCCAAUGACAGCUGGGACUGAACCUGCCUUGUCUGCCAGCGAGUGGCUGAGUGGGAUUGAUAGAGACCCGGUGCUGAUGUCCCUGAAGGACGGUUACCACAGACCAAACCAGUUAGUUUUUAAAGCACCAGUGAAGGAGAAGAAGAGUGCGGUGGUCAAUGGGAUCGACCUGCUGGAGAACGUACCACCCAGGACAGAGAAUGAGCUCCUACGGAUGUUCUUUCGGCAGCAGGAUGAGCUGCGGCGGCUAAAGGAGGAGCUGACCACGAAGGACGUGCGAAUACGCCAGCUGGAGCUGGAGCUCAACAACCUGAAAAAUGUUAGCCCCAAAGACGUUUGACCUCCAAACCUCACGGACUGGCAAAGAUGCUUCCUUUGCGCCCAAUUCUGACCUCCAACUAGCUUUUGAGCCCCACCAUGUCCCGUUUAUUAAAAACUAAAAAUUCCCAUUUUUGCUGCCCUGCAUACAGUACAAUAUAAAAACUGUUGGAUAAUGUCUUACCCGAUGCAACUAUUGGAUUCUUGUAGUAGUAUUUAUUAUCAUUACGUUGAGGAAGAGGCAGUUCAGGGAUUUCCGGUUUAAAAUGUGAUUGAUGAUUGCGAAAUAAUCAGUACAUUUUCUGGUAUUUCCCGGAGUUUUUUUUUUUAUUUUUAUGAAUAUAGCUGUUUAAUCAGUCAGUAGUGAUAUAGCAUAUUUUCAACCCCAGCACAUAAGUAUUAGUGUCACAGUCCCUGACCUUUUCUUCAUGUGGAAAUGCCUUGUUAACGAUGCAAAAAAAGCCCCUUGACCUGUGCUGCAUUUCUGACUAUGAAACCCCUGCAUUCUCAUUAUCUGUUGAAGCAAAAGUGGCUGAUCGAAAAAAAAAAAAAAACUGCUUUUUGCAACGCAGAGCAUCAUCCGAGAAUAAAAGAGGUGAAGUAGUUUUGCACCUGUCAGGUGGAGAAGACUUUUGCAGACAUGGAUCCUGUAGGGUUUCUUUUUUUUUUACUUCCAAAAAAAGCUGCUUAUCCUGUAACUGUUUUCUUUCACCUGCCGGUGUUAUCUAUAAAAACAUCUUUUCAACACUGACUCAAAGCUCCACAAAUUCAGUAAUUUCCCAAGAAGAGCAGCAGGUUUUUAACUCUUGCAUUAAAAGAGUAUGAAAGUAGCAGAGAACUGAGAUUGUAGACGUGUGUAACAACUCACAUAUAUCCUUGAGGUAUUCUUCUCCUUAAGAAGCAAUUUUAAAGAUUUGGGGGCGAUGUAUAUUUGCUUCUAUUUAUUUAACACAUCUAGCCCUUUUAGCUAACAACUUGGCCACUUGUUAAUCCCAUUUUUAUUUAA